AUGGCUCGUAACGCAGAAAAGGCGCAAAGUACGCUUUUCAGAUGGAGGGCGCAGCAAGCGGCAGACUUGGGCAUUCUCGACACAACCCGCACACGGCGACCAAAGGCCAUAUCGCAACAAGAAUCUGUACCGACAUGUGAACGCUGGCGUGGGCAGGUGCUCAAGGAGAUCUCGCGCAAAGUAUCCAAGAUCCAGGAUCUCUCGCUCUCAGACUUCCAAAUCCGCGACCUUAACGACGAACUCAACAAGCUCUUCAAAGAAAAAUGGCAAUGGGAAAUGCGCAUCCGCGAACUAGGUGGACCAAAUUACAUGAGAGGAGGUGGUCGAGUCGUUGAUGAAGAAGGUCGUGAGAUACAAGGAGGUGGAAAAGGUUACCGCUACUUCGGAAGAGCAAAAGAGUUGCCUGGUGUCAAAGAGCUGUUCGAAGCUGCAAAGGUCAAACCGCAGGAGGAAAAGGCCCUGGAGACACGCUCGGAUCUACGCCACAAAGUCGACGCUUCUUACUACGGCUACAAUCUUGAUGAGGAGGAUGGUACACUAUUGGCCUACGAGGCACAGAAGGAGAAAGAGGCUCUUGAACAUAUCAUGGAGGACCAGGACGCCGGAGAUGCAGAUUGGGAGCCUUUACCUGGAGAUUCUGGAGACGGUGUCGCGUGGAACCUUCCGACCGCAGAAGAAGUUGAGGCCGAGCUCAUUGAGAGAAGGAAACGGAAGUUGCUGGACAAGCUGUGA